CAUCCUAAAGAAAGAGAAGGGAGAUGCCAGCAGUGAGGCCAGGUGGGUGGCUUGCUGCUUUUAAGGGGACAAAGAGAAAAAGAGUUAAUUGUUGUGAAUUGCUGUAUCAGCUUCUCUUCUUAACUGCAAGCAGAUAAUGGAAUCUGCUGUGUGAAACAGCUGCAUCUGUUCCCUUAGGUUUAGGGAUAAAGGGACCUUGCCCUCAAGGUGUGAUUUGGGUUGGGUUUGCUGUCUGGAGAUUGUCCCCCAUGCUGUCAUCCAGGAACUUCUCAGGAACCACUCCAGGCUUAGAAACAGAUGCUAAAAAGUCAGUUUUAGUCAAUAGGUCUAGAAAUUGUUGAAAAUUUACAUUUCCUUUUUGGGCUUUUGUCAGGUGUUUGUGAAAACAGAGUCCCACCAGGUUUCCUGGAAGUAGAGAGAGAGCUCAUAGGAUUUAUCAUUAGCUGUUAUUAGAAAAUUACUGGAUUAGGUAUUUUCCUGUUAUUUCAGCAAGGCUGUCCUUACAAAAACAAAUGUUAAAAGGAACAUUCUUUUGUUCUCACAGUGCCUUCCAGUUAGGCAAAUUCUGUGGCUUUUUUAUUGUGCAAUGAUUAUUAAGGAAGAAGUCACCAUUAGAAAGAUACUUGGUCCUUGACGCCCUAUCUUAAUCCUGCACAGGUUUUUUUGUGGUAUUCCCAAGCAAACAAAAAUAACUGCAUGAAUGUCCCAUCUCUAUAGGAAGAAUUAAAUACGGUGUUUCAAAUCAGUUUUAUCACCCAGCCAGGUUCUUUUUGCCUAUUGCACAGAGAAAGAGGCAAUGCACCCAGACAGCAGCAAUUCAGCAGAUAAAGAGUUUAUUUAUUUGUUUGGCAGCUGAAUGCAGAGGGGGCGACAUUUCUCAAAUCUGCCUCUUGAAAAGCUUUGGGCUGGGAGUUUUAAGGGGAAUUGGGCAAGCAGGGGGUGUCGGGAAUUGGCAUUGCUGAUUGAUCGGGUUCAGGGUGAAAUCAGGUACGUAGAAACCGCAUUCUUGCACUGAGUCAGCUCCUAUGACCAUGCGGGUCAUAGGAGCUACUGAGUCAGUUCCAAGGUAGGGAUCACUGAUCUGGUCCGUGUCCCAGGGCCCAUAGGAAUGCAGGCUCUGGGAAACCUCUUAAAAGGCAGCCUCAGGUUUUGCAAUAGAAGUGUUAUCUACACCAGUGCUUAAGGGAAGUUGUAAAUCAUGUGACCAAACUCUGAAGGGGGCUAGGGUCAGGAGCUGGCCAGUUCUUACCUUGUCCAGCUUUACCGGUCCAAGAGGAAGAAGCAUAGCCUGUCGUGUGAGGGGGAGGACAGCGGCCCCUCUGGCAAACGUGGAGCAAGCUGUCCUGAAAUGGAAAAUCCCAUGAUCAGGGCACCGGGAGCUCGGCCUGAGAGAGGCUGUGGAUGGAAGCUGUCAGGUGUGGCUCCACAAGUCCACACUUCCUGAGGCCUCGCCUGUCACUCAGCCUCAGGGGGCGGGGCCCGGGGCAGUAUCCAAUCAGGGUCGCUGGGCGGGGCCUGCGCACUGGCCCCUGAAACAGGCCGCGGGAAGGAGGCGGCGACCUUCAACCCCUGUUCCCUCCCGCCUGAGUCGCUCUGGCGGCGGGCCGGGUUCCGCCGCUCCGCUCCGACAGUCUCUGGUGCCUCCGCGACGGCUUCCGUCGCGCCGUCCCCUACGCGGUGAACUGCGCCGUCUCCAGAGCAGGGGCGAGGGCGCCGGACGGCACCUCGGAAGGCGGGAGAUGGACUCAGUGGCCUUUAAGGAUGUGGCUGUUAACUUCACUAAGGAGGAGUGGGCUUUGCUGGAUCCUUCUCAGAAGAAGCUCUACAGAGAUGUGAUGUGGGAAACCUUGAGGAACCUGGCUGCUAUAGGGAAAAAAUGGAAAGACCAGAACAUUGAAGAUCAGUACAAAAAUCUCAGGAGAAAUCUAAGAAUUCGAAUGGCAGAGAGACUCUGUGAAAGUCAACAAGGUAGUGAGUAUGGAGAAAACUUAAGCCAGAUUCCAGAUCAUAUGCGGAACAAGAAAACUGGAGCAAAACCUUGUGAAAGCAGUGUGUGUGGAGAAGUCUCCGUUGGUCACUCAACCCUUAACAGUCAUAUGAGAGCUGACACUGGACACAAACCAUACAAAUUUAAGGAAUAUAGAAAACAGGCAUACACACGUAAGCAACAUGAGAAAGACUUCAGUUAUCGCUACUCUUUUCAAACACAUGAAGGGCCUUCCACUGGAAAGAAACCCUAUCACUGUAAGGAAUGUGGAAAAACCUUUGUUUAUCUCACAAAUUUUCAAAAACACAUGGUAAUGCACAGUAGGGAUGGAUGUUAUAAAUGUGAGUUAUGUGGAAAAGCCUUUGCUUCUCUCAAUCCAUAUCUUGUACAUGAAAGACUUCACAACGGUGAGAAAGCAUAUGAAUGUAAACAUUGUGGUAAAGCUUUUGGUUGUUCUCGUUCCCUUCAAGUACAUGAAAGGAUUCACAUUGAAGGGAAAGCAUAUGAAUGUAAACAGUGUGGUAAAGCUUUUUUUCGCUCCAGUUCCCUUCAAGUACAUGAAAGGACUCACACUGGAGAAAAGCCAUAUGAAUGUAAGGAAUGUGGGAAAGCCUUCAUUUACUACACUUCCUUUCAAAGACAUAAAAGGACUCACACUAAAGAGAAGCUGUAUGAAUGUAACCAAUGUGGGAAAGCAUUUUAUGAUUGGCCAAGUGUUCAAAGGCACACUGGAGAUGGACCUUAUAAAUGUAAGAUAUGUGGGGAAGCCUUCUGUUCUCCUACUUCAUUUCAAAAACAUAAUAGGACUCAUAUUAGAGAGAAACUCUGUGAAUGUAAGAUAUGUGGUAAAGUCUAUCGUGUUUACUCUUCCCUUCAAUAUCAUAAAAGUACUCAUAGUGGAGAGAAACCCUAUGAAUGUAAGAUAUGUGGUAAAGCCGUUAGUUCCAUAUACAUUCGAAUACAUGAAAGGAUUCACACUGGAGAGAAACCCUAUGAGUGUAAAAUAUGUGAUAAAGCCUUUCAUGGUUACUCUUCCUUUCAAUAUCAUAAAAGGAGUCACAGUGGAAAGAAACCCUAUGAAUGUAAGAUAUGUGGUAAAGCGUUUACUAGUUCCACAUACAUUCGAAUACAUGAAAGGAGUCACAGUGGAGAGAAACCCUUUGUAUGUAAGAUAUGUGGUAAAGGCUUUUGUGGUUAUUCAUUCAAUAUCAUAAAAGUACUCACAGUGGAGAGAAACCUAUGA